AUGUCUUUUGGUAGGCAUGCCUGCCGGCAUGCUUUAAAGCCGCCUACGACUUCAACCUUAGAAAACCCCUGGGUCAGCGACGAUUUACUCGCGGCCACCUUCUUCCGCUUCGUCAACGGUCAACGACGACAUGGUAGCUGUGUGCCCGGUCCUCUGGAGGCGCGAAGGCGACUCGCAAGACGUCGCAAUACAGCUCUAGCAGGAAUAGGAGGGCCACCAGUGGAGGAUAUUGCAUGCUUGUUUGGUCGCAAUGGCAGGGAGCAUAUGAAAUGGACGGAUCACCCGUGGCAGAGACCGCACAGUCAAGCCCUUGCGACGAACGAUACCUCACUUCCCUUUUACGAUCAUAACCCCGAUCCUAUUGAUUCGCGCAUCCCGGAGAGCCGAAUUCCAACAUCUGUGAACGUGAACAGAAACAAGCCAAGCACGGAAUCUAGGCUUCGACACUUCCUGUGUGGAAAACGCUGGGGAAUUGAGGAUGCAAGAGAUUUUGCGAGGAGGUUGGGGAUUGAUCUCCAACGGAAGCCGAAAUACAGCCGUCAAAUAUUCGACAGUCUGCUCAAGCGCUCGACUACGGACUUUACAGAGGCGGUUAGAUUUCUGGACGACCCAUUUUUGAACACCCGAGGCUCUGGGAACUAUCUGGCUGCUGUCGAGUUGUUUGCUCGGACGCAAGCAAAGCGAAGCCCGCGAGUCGCCGUGCUGGAUGCAAUCGCCCGUGCUCUCGAGCUGGGAUUGGUUCCAUCAACUGAACUUUGCUCAAUAGUCAAAGCUAUUCCAAAUAUCCUCGUUGGGAAAAACAAGCCUCUCGGAAGAAGUGAUCCGGGGGCCCUGAGAGCGCAUUACCGUCUCUUAUGGAAGGCUAUCGGCCGUUGCAAUAUUCUGGGAUAUCGUGAUUUGGAUAAAGAUGUUGUUGAUGCCUGGCUCAAAGAGCUGAAAAGCGUCGGCAAAAUUCGACUCGCUUCAGAUAUUAUAGUCGCGACACACGGUCCUGGCUGGGAUCACUACUGGCCGUCGACCUUUCUUUUGGACUGGCUUGAAACAGUCGAAGAAUUCGACUCACCGAAACCGAAUUCCUUCGAGUUUCCGAGGACCAUAUUGACGCAGAUUGAUCCUGACUGUGCAGUCAAAUGUCUGAUCGAUGUCACCGAGCGCUUGGUUUCCAAUCGUCAAACAAAAUCGGAUAACAACAAAGACCUCCUCAAAUGGCAAUACUGCUUGCAGGGCUUGUCCGCUAAUGCGUCAACCAUCGGAUCUUCGCAAACAUGGUCUGAUCUCCCACAUGCUUAUAUGCAUAAUCACCAAGAAGCCUUGGAUGCAUUCCCUUCAAGUGAUGGCCUGCCCGUGCAGCAUCAGGUUGUCAUGCGACUAUGGAUCCUGAAGAGCUUGAGUCGUUCUUUAGGACCAGUGACUCAGAGAAUAAAAUCCACAGACCAGCCAAUCUACCUGUUACUGAACCUGUACGAAACUGUGUCACAGACGACGGGGUCUUUCCUCGCUGACUUCUUACGCGACAUCCAUGGCCUCAACAUGCCAUAUAACGGUCUUCUCCUGCUUGCAAAUGAUCUCAAGUUGAGGAAGUUAAUUAAUAAUACCACACAUCAAACACUUAUAAACCUCGAAACUUCAAAGAUUUCUUUGGAAGACACCUGGAACAACCGCGAUAUCUGCAACACAACUCGGCGUUUUCUCCAGGGCGCCUUCGAGCAGAUGUUCCGUCAAAUGGACCUCACAGAUCCGCAGUUUAUGAACGAAUGUCUUCGUUUCGCGAGACUAGGUGACUCGGAAAGUAUCUCUUCAAUUAUCCGUCUCCUGGACAGUCACACAUCAUUCAAGCUAUCUCUUAACAAAGCUUCCAUCCCUAUUCCACACCCAGAUGAAAUGGUUCUCGUGCGAUACCAUCCAGCUCCACGGGAGAGCUGGUGUCCGGAUCCUUAUGUUGCAGCUGAGUUCAUUCAUCAGCUGGCAGUUGCAGCCUCCUGUUCUCAGCACUUAGCACCAAAUCGCUCUUUCCAUAUUGUCCAAUGGCUGUACCGUUACCUGCGCAGAUAUGGGGGACCUGUCUAUCCCUCAUUAGUGCGGGCGAUGUAUCAUGCUGGUGUUGUUCGGUAUCGACGCGAAGGACAUCGCAUGUCAGAGACACAGCAAGCGUAUAUUAUGUGGAUCAUUCGCAAAUUUGAAGCAGAUAAGGUCGUUAAGCAGAUGAAUAAGGCGCUGUAG